UUGGUGGAAAGUUCCAUUUCCGGCCGGGUUCGGGUUCGUUCCAGCCCCAGCCGGAACGCGGCAGCCCCGGAGCUCCGAGGGAUUUUCCGGAUCUUUCCCCGCUGGGAUUCCCCUGGAGAAAAGCCCAAAACUCCCCAAUUUCUGUGCUCCAAGGACGCGUCCAUGUCAGAACUGUACCGGAUGCCGGCAGCCAGAGCUGCCCCACCAAAGAAAGUUUACAUCCAGGAGGAGCCUCCGAGCUGUUCCCAAGGCCCUGCCACAUCCCAGAGGCCUCAGGUGGAUCCGGCGUGGAAAAUUCCGGAAUGGAAUCCCAAUGAUUGGGCCCCUCGUUGGUCAGUGGUCAGCGUGGCCGUGCUGCUGGCCCUGAGCUGCCUGCUCUGGGUCAUCCUGCAUGGGGUAUCCAUCAGAAACCAGGAGGAAAUACGGGAGGAGCUGGAGCUGCUGCGGGGGAACUCGGGGAACUGGGAUCUGGCCUGGCAGGAGCUGCUGCAGGUCCGGUGGCACCAGAUGGAGCUGGCCAGGAUCACCGACCUGCUCUGCGAGACCAUCAACAACUCCAUCAAGUGCCCGGCCGGGUGGCAAUUUCACGAGAACAUCUGUUACUUCUUCUCGGAGAUUUCCCAGAGCUGGGGCAAGGCCCAGAACUCCUGCGCCGCCUUCAGCGCCCACCUGGUCGUGGUCAGCUCUGAGGAUGAGCAGUUGUUUCUGGUACGAAACAUCCAAAGGAACAACUCUUACUGGAUGGGGGUGAUGAAUGAGCAGCACGAAGGGCAAUGGACUUGGAUCACCGGUGAAACUCCAAGUUUCGGAUUUUGGGAUGUGUGGUCUGAGGACCCGGACAAGGAGCACAAGGAUUGUGGAGCCAUGAAAUCCAACGGCCGUUGGAUCGGGGAGCACUGCUCCAAAUCCAACCGCUGGAUCUGUGAGAAAUCCUCGGGUUGCAGUUCCUCACCUUUUCCCCCCAUUCCUGAAAAAUCUGCACCAGCUCUCUGAAAAACACACAGAAUUUUGAAGUGCUUUGCUCAGAGCUGGACAAGCUCCAGAGGCAUCUGGAGGCUCUGCAAUCCCAUUUUUUGCUUCUGAAACAUCUGGAAAUUCCCUAAAAAUCCAUCCAAUUCCCUAAAAAUCCAUCCAGUUCCCUAAAAAAAUCCAUCCAAUUCCCUAAAAAAUAUCCAUAAACUCCCUAAAAAAAUCUGUAAAAGCGACAAAGAACUCUGUAAAAUCCCCGUGACUCCCCAAACCAUGGCAAAAAUUUGAUUUUCAGCUCAAAUGAGGACUCAAAAAGAACCCAACCUCCCCCAAAGCCUACAAAAUAAUCCAAGCCUGCCAGAAACCCCCACCCUGCCCCUGAAGAAACCCCAAAUCCCCAAAAAUAAACCCGAAACCCUCCAGAACAUACUCCCCACCAAAAAACCCCCACAGCCCACCCCCCCAAAAAACCCCAAAGCCCCUGAAAUAACCCUCAAUAACAUGCGUGACUCCAAGCAAAAUCACAAAUUUGUCCGAAAUCCUUACUUGUGGUGGAAAAAAGGGCUGGGAAGGAGGUGGGAGAUGCUCCUGGGGAAUCAUUGGUAGAAACUGGGUGGCACUGAGGGGUAUUGGGAGCCAGGCAGGGGAGACUGGGAGGGCACUGGGAGCAC